AUGGGAGCCCCUAUCGACAUCCCCUCCUACGCCGCCCUGCUCGACGCCACCUCCGCCUCCCGCGACCUCGCCACCCUCCGCCGAGCCCACGGGCGUCUCCUCGUCGGAGGUCUCGCUCACCAUCGCUUCCUUCGUUCCAAACUUUGUGCCGCUUACGCACGCUGCUCCCGCCUUCCCGAGGCACGCCACCUCAUCCUCCUCUGCCCCCGCCCCUCCGCCUUCCUCCUCAACUCCCUCCUCCGCGCGGACGCCCCCCGCUCCGCCCUCCUCCUCUUCCACCGGAUGCUUUCCAGCCGCUCCCCGCCCCCGGACUCUCGCUCCUUCGCCUCCGCUCUCCACCACGCCGCCGCCCUUUCCUCUCUCCGCGUCGGUCGCCUCCUCCACGCCGCCGCCUUCGCCUCCGGUCUCCUCCUCGACCCGGACCCCCUCGUCCCCAACUCCUUGGUCGCCAUGUACUCCAAGUGCGGCGACCUCGCCUCUGCCCGCCGCGUGUUCGACCGCAUGUCCCGCAGGAGCGUCGCCUCGUGGACGGCCAUGAUCGCCGCGUGCGGGGCCCACGGACAGGCGCCGGAUGCCGUGGCGCUGUUGGGGGGUAUGGUGGCCGAUGUGGGGGAGGCCGGGUUGGACGGGGCGGCAAUGACAGCGGUUCUGGCGGCGUGCGCGAGGGGAGACGCCGCGGAGGCGGAGGUGGGACGGCGGGUGUUCGAGAUGAUGAGGGAGGGUCGCUUCGGUGGGGUGCGGCCGGGGGUGGAGCACUACACGUGCAUGGUCGACAUGCUGGGGCGUGCGGGGCGGGUGGAGGAGGCGGAGGCGCUGAUCGGGGAGAUGGACGGGGAGCCCGACGACGCGCUGUGGGCAGCGCUCCUCGGCGCGUGCCGGGCGCAUGGCCGGCUCGACGUGGCCGAGAGAGUGGCCGACCUGGUCUACGGGCACACCGUCUGA